AUGGCAGAAUCCUACUACAACAGCUCCUCAACUCCAGGCAUGCCCAAUGCGGGACCCAUCUCGUCGACACCGGCAUCUCCUAUCACAGCAGCAGCCCCCCCUCCACCUCCACCUCCUCCACCCAAACCAACUUCACAUAUGAGCGCCGACCCAAGUCGAUCCGCUACCCCAUUGGGCUCAUCGACUCCUAUCAUAUCUGGCUCAUCUCAGGCUGGCGUGUCGGUGAACUCGCCUCGUCCACAACCGCCGCUGCCAACAGUCCAAGGCUCAUAUUCUGCAACACCAGCCACUGGCCACACACAGCAAGGGCGGCAACAGGAACAUAUCCCCAUUCCGCCUCCGUCACUCUCUGAUCGAUGGGUCCCGAAACAGCUUCAAGAUAAGCCGACCAGUGAACUCCACCCGCUUGUCAACAACCCUUCUCUGCUGGCAUCGUUGGCGACCACCCACCCCUCGUACGCAUCCUCACUCGUCCCGCUACGAUCCGCGAUCGAAGCAAACAUUCAACUUGCACAACAGGUAGCGCAGGUGGAAAAUCAAUUGCGCCAAUUGCGAGACGAAACUGCACAGUUGCUGCUGAAUCAUACAUCUCUACAGAACCAGUGGAGAAGGAAACAGCGUGAAAUGGACGAUGCUCUGUCACCGUGGGGUCCUAGACAAAUGUAUCAACGGCUAGUUUCGAGCAUCAGUGAACAGGAGGCUGUACUUCGAGCUAUGGAAGAGAGCUUCCUGGAGGGGUCCAGCGAUGGCGACGGGUACUAUGGUGGUGGUGAUGGAAAAGCUAGUGAGAAGGAGGUGACCGAAUGGAUCCGUAGGAUCAGAGAAGGAGCUACAACUCUCGCAAAGAGAAGGGAAAUGCGAGCUCGUUGGGACGAAGGAAGAGUCGGCGGGUGGAGAUGA